AUGAAAGAUGGAACUGGAGGUUCAUCAGGUUCUUUAGACUUCUUGAAAGAUGGAACCGGAUCUUCAUCAGGUUCUUCAGACUUCCUGAAAGAUGGAACCGGAUCUUCCUCGGUUUCUUCAGCCUUCUUUAAAGAUGGAACCGGAUCUUCAUCAGGUUCUUCAGAACUCCUGAAAGAUGGACCCGGAUCUUCAUCAGGUUCUUCAGAGUUCCUGAAAGAUGGAAUCGGAUCUUCAUCAGGUUCUUCAGACUUCCUGAAAGAUGGAACCGGAUCUUCAUCAGGUUCUUCAGACCUCCUAAAAGAUGAAACCGGAUCUUCAUCAGGUUCUUCAGACCUCCUGAAAGAUGGACCCGAAUCUUCAUCAGGUUCUUCAGACUUCCUGAAAGAUGGAACCGGAUCUUCAUCAGGUUCUUCAGACUUCCUGAAAGAUGGAACCGGAUCUUCAUCAGGUUCUUCAGACUUCCUGAAAGAUGGAACCGGAUCUUCAUCAGGUUCUUCAGACUUCCUGAAAGAUGGAACCGGAUCUUCAUCAGGUUCUCCAGACUCCUUGAAAGAUGGAACCAGAUCUUCGCCAGACUUCAAACGAGAGCGAACAUUACACCAUGGAUUUGGACCCGACUGCACUCCGGAGCAAGCAGGAGGAUUUUGA